UGAAGGUCCCGGCUUGAUGUCGAGGAUGGCCGGGUCACGGAAUCUGAUGUUGUGUUCAUUUGAGGUCUUCUGCAACUUGGCCAGGAUGAUUUUCUCAAAUUUUCGCUUCUUCUCCUCGUCUAUCCUCUCAGGUGAAGACAUUGCGCUGCGCUGUCGGCCACCGAUCUUCAUGCUACGAAUCGCAGGAUCGCCCAUAACCACUUUUGCAGCGUCAUCCUGGAGUUUUGGGAAGUUCUUGAGGAUCUCUUGGAGCUCGACUCCCUCCCAGUUCUUGGUUCGGAGUCUGCUGCCCUUCUUGAUUGCACGGAUUUCAGCGUUAGGCAAGUCGACGUGGACAACACCGCCAUCCGAUUCGUUGCUCGGUGUAAUUAGGGUCACUCUGCUGAUCCCAGUCGACCAAGAGUCCGUGGGAGACGAGCCCAUGGAAGUGACAUCUUCAGAUGACAGAUUUUGGCUUUGGGAAAGUCGUCGAACUAGCUCCUCGUGGCUCAUGCUGGUAGCCGGAGUGAGCGAGUUGAGACGAACAGGCAUGUUUGGGCCAAGUGAGAUCCUGCACGAGUCGGGCGAAUUGAGAUUAGCGCCCUCAACCAGGUACUCGUUGUAAGUGUCAUCAUCAUUGUGACCCACGCCAUAAUACUCUUUCUUCGUGGAGGGAGCCGAGUUGAUGAAGUCAAUAUCAAGGGGUGUGUCUCUCUCAUCUCGGUAUCGUCGAGGGGCAUCCAAGUUGGCUAAAGAGGUAUCUAUCCGGAGUUGCUUCUUCUGCUUCGGGAACAUUGUCUCUUGCUCAGUGAACUUGUCCUUGCGCGGAGGGGCAGUUUUGAGGGCGUCAACCGAGUCCUUUCGCCAUUUGUGUCUCCAAUCGUCAUUGAGUAGCGC